GGGGCGGCCCGUUAGUCGCCUGGCCUUGAACAGCGGGGCAGCGCGGCUCGGAGGCGGCGGGGACGCAGCGGAGGCGGCGCAGCUCAGCCGAGGUCCAGGCAGCCAGGAUGAAGGGUCUUGCCCUUGGGCUGCUGUGUGGUGUCUGGCUGUGGGUGAGCGGCACCCAGCAGAGCACCCCAGCGGCACCCACAGCGCAGAGCACCCCAGCUGGCCCCAAGCUGCAAUUCCGGCUGGCUGGCUACCCCCGCAAGCACAACGAGGGGCGCAUUGAGGUCUUCUAUAGCCAGGAGUGGGGCACCAUUUGUGAUGACGACUUCACUCUGGCCAAUGCCCACGUUCUCUGCCGCCACUUGGGCUUUGUGGCUGCCACCGGCUGGACUCACAGCGCCAAGUAUGGCAAAGGCAUCGGGCGCAUCUGGCUGGACAACGUGAACUGUGGUGGCAGCGAGAAGAGCAUCACGGACUGCCGGUCGAGGGGCUGGGGCAACAGCGACUGCUCCCACGAGGAAGAUGCCGGUGUCAUUUGCAAAGACGAGCGCAUCCCUGGCUUUGUGGACUCCAAUGUGAUUGAGACAGAGCAGAACCAUGUGGAGGAGCUGCGCCUGCGCCCCGUGGUCUCCCACGCCAAGCGGCCACUGCCUGUGACAGAGGGAAUUGUGGAGGUCCGCCACCGGGGCAGCUGGGCACAGAUCUGCGAUGAGAACUGGGGCAGCCGCAACAGCCGCGUCAUCUGUGGGAUGCUGGGCUUCCCUGCCGAGAAGAAGGUCAACCGCAAUUUCUACAAGCCGGUCUCCAGGUCUCGCCCCAAACAUAGACGCAGGGAGGACUUUAGGGGCACCAAGAGGCUUUCCAUGGAGCGGCAGCGGCUGAACUACCGGCUGCACUCGGUGGCCUGCCUGGGGACGGAGGUGCACCUCUCCCUCUGCUCCUUCGAGUUCUACAAGGGCAACGCCACAGGCGUCUGCAGGGCAGGGAUGCCGGCCGUGGUCAGCUGCGUCCCUGGGCCGCUGUUUGCCACAGGGAACGCCCAGAAGAAGAAGAGGCAGCGGCAGCAGACAGGGCAGCAACGCGUCCGGCUGAAGGGUGGGGCCAAGCCCGGUGAGGGGCGGGUCGAGGUGCUGAAGAAUGGCGAGUGGGGCACCGUCUGCGACGACCGGUGGAGCCUGGCUUCGGCCAGCGUCGUGUGCCGGGAGCUGGGCUUUGGGAGUGCCAAGGAGGCUCUGACGGGCGCACGCAUGGGCCAAGGGAUGGGCCAGAUCCACCUGAAUGAGGUGCGCUGCCUAGGCACCGAGAAGUCCCUCUGGAGCUGCCCCCACAAGAACAUCACGCAGGAGGACUGCAAGCAUACCGAGGAUGCGGCCGUCCGCUGCAACGUCCCGUACAUGGGCCAUGAAACCACGAUCCGCAUCGCUGGGGGCCGAACCGCGUUUGAGGGGCGCGUGGAGGUGAAGCACGCCGGCCGCUGGGGCACCGUCUGCAGCACAGGCUGGAGCACCACGGAGGCCAUGGUGGCCUGUCGCCAACUUGGCCUGGGCUACGCCAUGCAUGCCGUGACGGAAACGUGGUACUGGGAUGCCAGCAACGUGACCGAGAUGGUGGUGAGCGGGGUGAAGUGUGAUGGGCACGAGUUGGCGCUGAGCCAUUGCCAGCACCACAGCACCCUCAACUGCCCCAAGACGGGCACCCGAUUCGCCGCUGGAGUCAUCUGCUCAGAAACUGCCUCGGACUUGCUGCUGCAUGCCCCCCUGGUCCAAGAGACGGCGUACAUUGAGGACCGCCCUCUGCACAUGCUCUACUGUGCUGCGGAGGAGAACUGCCUGUCCAGCAGCGCACGCAAUGCCAACUGGCCCUAUGGCCACCGCCGCCUCCUGCGCUUCUCCUCGCAGAUCCACAACAACGGCCGGGCCGACUUUCGCCCCAAGGCAGGGCGCCACUCCUGGGUCUGGCACGAAUGUCACGGGCACUACCACAGCAUGGACGUCUUCACCCACUAUGACCUUCUGACUUCCAAUGGCACCAAAGUCGCAGAGGGACACAAGGCCAGUUUCUGCCUGGAGGACACUGAAUGCCACGAGGAUGUGAGCAAGCGCUAUGAAUGUGCCAACUUUGGGGAGCAGGGCAUCACGGUGGGGUGCUGGGACCUCUAUCGCCACGACAUUGACUGCCAGUGGAUAGACAUCACUGACGUCAAGGCUGGCAACUACAUCCUGCAGGUGGUGAUUAACCCCCGAUAUGAAGUGGCAGAGAGCGACUUCACCAACAACGCCAUGAAGUGCAACUGCAAGUAUGACGGCCACCGCAUCUGGGUGCACAGCUGCCAUAUAGGUGAUGCUCUCAGCGAGGAGGCAAACAGGCGCUUUGAACAGUACCCAGGACAGCUCAAUAACCAGAUUUUGUAGGCCAGACCACAAGCGCCACUGGCUGGCCUGGCCUGCCCCACAGGAGGGGGGCUGAACCCUGAAAGCCCAUGACAGACAGCGGCUCACCUGGCGCGGCGCAGCCCUGGACGGGGCAGAGGCCAGUUGGCAAUGGGCAGAAGAAAAGCAGGCUGCUGACCCCAUGUGCCCCCCUCCAUAGGGGAGCUGGGACUGAACUGCAGGACCAAACCCCCCAAAUGGGAGCAUCUGAUGUGAUGGGGAAAUUGCAGGGGUGUGUGUGUGUGUGUCAGGAGGAAGCUGCUCCUUCUGCCCCCCCCUGCACAGCCACCCCCCCUUUUCUGGUGCUGCAGGCUCUGAGGCCAGGUCUUGUUUCCUAUAUAAAGUUCAUGUCUUUUGUCCAA